GUAACAUCCAGCAGCGCAUGUCGUAAUAGAAUAGCUCCACAGAUUUUGCAGAGAAAUACGAUUGAAUUAAAAUUGUAUUGAAAUGGCACAGAGCAGACUAGAGAAAAUUGGCACCAUAUUCACCAGAGUGCAAGGCCUAUUGCGCGGCGGUGCGAUGAAACCGGAAGACAAACCGCUCUGGUAUGAAGUUUAUGCUGCCUUUCCACCCAAGGCAGAACCUCGUUUCGAUCGACCCGCACCCGAUAUACCUAUACGCAAUAUAUUCUAUGCAGAAGAUGUAGUGCGAGCGAAAUACCACAAGGAACGUACGCACAACGAGACCAUCAAUUUGUUUGAUCAUAAACGCAGCACGCAAUCGCAGCAAUUUAUUCAAAUCUACGAGGAUCUGAAAACGCAAGGAGCACUUGAUGACCAGCGCAUAUACGAAACGGCGUUGGACUUGCUAGCGGAACAGCGACAGCAGUCGCGCCCAGAAUCCGCAUCAGAGAACUUUGCACCAAUUGAUGAAGUUGAGGUGGUGGAGCCAAAGACGACACUGCUCAGUGAUUUCCAGGAGGCUGGAGGAAGAGAAAAGGCAGCAUCUGGAACCCCGAAAAAAGAUGCAGGCAGUGGCAUUAACAUAGACAGUUUAUUCAAGGAUUAGUCAUUAUUGUACUUUUAUGAGCUUAAAUAUAGACACAAGUGUUACAGUUUA